AUGUUGUGGCUGCUGGUUCUGACCGCUCCCUGGCUGGGGGGCUCCGUGCCCAUAAGCCCCGACCCCGGCCUGCGACAUGAGCAGGUGGGCAUCGUGGGGGGCUGCAAGGUGCCAGCCAGGAGGUACCCGUGGCAGGUCAGCCUGAGGUUCCAUGGCAUGGGUAGCGGCCAGUGGCAGCACAUCUGCGGAGGCUCCCUCAUCCACCCCCAGUGGGUGCUGACCGCGGCCCACUGCGUGGAGCUGGAGGGCUUGGAGGCUGCUACCCUCAGGGUCCAAGUCGGGCAGCUGAGACUCUACGACCACGACCAGCUGUGCAACGUGACCGAGAUCAUCCGCCACCCCAACUUCAACAUGAGCUGGUAUGGCUGGGACAGCGCGGACAUCGCCCUGCUGAAGCUGGAGGCCCCCCUGACGCUCUCCGAGGACGUCAACCUGGUGUCCCUCCCGUCUCCCUCCCUGAUUGUCCCCCCGGGGAUGCUAUGCUGGGUGACCGGCUGGGGAGACAUUGCAGACCACACGCCACUGCCCCCACCCUACCACCUGCAGGAGGUGGAGGUCCCCAUCGUGGGGAACAGGGAGUGUAAUUGUCACUAUCAGACCAUUCUUGAGCAAGACGAUGAGGUCAUCAAGCAGGACAUGCUGUGUGCCGGGAGCGAGGGCCACGACUCCUGCCAGAUGGACUCCGGGGGCCCCCUCGUGUGCAGAUGGAAGUGCACCUGGAUCCAAGUGGGGGUCGUGAGCUGGGGCUAUGGCUGCGGUUACAACCUCCCUGGGGUGUAUGCCCGCGUGACGAGCUACGUGUCCUGGAUCCACCAGCACAUCCCUCUGUCCCCCGGACCCUAGAAGGGACACACGUCAGUCUUCCUUGUCUCAUCACUGCGUGUUCCCUGCGCGGUGGCAGGGGGAGCGGGGAGAAGUCCGGGGUCUCGGAUGCCUGCUUGGAAUUGGAUUCUUAUUAAACAUGCUGGGAAAACC